UUCCCGGCAUGGAGGCCCCGACGGGGACCGAGGAGGAGGAGGAGGAGAGGGGGAACGGGUUUUCCGUGUCGGCGGAGGAGCGGGACAGGUGGAUAGACAGGGCGAUGCACAUGGCCCAAGAAGCCUUAGAAAGCGGUGAAGUUCCCGUUGGCUGCCUCAUGGUCUACAACAAUCAGAUGGUGGGGAUGGGGAGAAAUGAAGUUAACGAAACUAAGAAUGCUACUCGACAUGCAGAAAUGGUAGCAAUUGAUCAGGUCUUAAAUUGGUGUCUCCGUCGCAGCAAGAAUCCGGCAGAAGUGUUCCAACGCACAGUUUUGUACGUAACUGUGGAGCCAUGUAUCAUGUGUGCUGCAGCCUUGCGCAUAAUGAGAAUACCUUUGGUUGUAUAUGGCUGUCAGAACGAGCGAUUUGGAGGUUGUGGCUCUGUUCUGAACAUCUCCUCCGAUGACUUACCAAAUACCGGCACUGCAUUCCAGUGCAUUCCUGGACAUAGAGCCAAGGAAGCAGUAGAAAUGUUAAAAACCUUCUACAAGCAGGAAAAUCCAAAUGCACCACAAUCAAAAGUUCGGAAACUCAACGGUCACAAACGAUGAACUGGUACCCAUGGAAGACUGAAGCUAAAUAGUCACCUGGAGUUGUUCUUGGAAUGGAAGCUCUAGCCUAUUGUAGAUUUUAAAUCAGUUGCCAAAUGAUUUUCUAUCAUCUGCUACAACUAGUAGAUGAACGAACACUUUUGCAAACUGACAUUUGUAAACAGUUGUUAGCCUUUCAGCUGGCUGAAGGAAUAUUUCACUGUGGCAGCCUGACAGGUCAUAAAUUAGCAACUAUCAUUUGUCUAAAGGGCCCAAAAGAUAUAUGCUAAAUCAGGGAAAGCACUCUUUGGCAAUUAAUUAGCCUGGUGCUAUGGGUACCACACCAGCAGGCCUGAAGUAGUGGAACUUGGCCCUGGUCACUUAUGCUUCCCCAGAACCCUAGGGGCUCUUACCCUGGUAAUAGUUUUCCUUCUUAGAGUGGCUAUCUGCCUUUAUAAAGUCUUAGCGACACUGUCUUUUCCUCAGAUGAUUAGAUGUGUCAUUUUAAAUAACAGCACACUGUUGCUGUGUGAUUUUUUUAGACAUAAUCUCUAUUUUUAUACCGAUGAUCACAAAGCCACCAUAUUGUUAUUAAAAAUGAAAAUCAAAUGUGUGUAGCCCAGU